UAUAUGAAUAUGAGAUAAUCCUGUCUUAAUAUUGAAACUACAGCGCAGUAUAAGAUAACACAACUCGGACACAGCCCUUGGUGUUGUUACUAGUUGCCCAUGUGCAUGUACGGUGGCCGAUGAGGUGCAGGACGGAUCCAGGGAUGCUGAGGAAAGCUGCUGUUGUUGCCACCGGUGGAAUCAGCGAUGAAGGAGGACAAGCAGCAGCUGGAGGAGUGUGUGAGUCUGUGUGAGUCUGUGUGUGUGUUUGUGUGUGACAGUCUCCCUCAGAAACACACACCACCCAGGACCUGAGUGAAGAAGCUGCCCCAUGUGUCCCUUUAAGAAGAGAAGAUGGAACUGCUCGUGGUUUGCUCACUCCUGUGCCUUUCCUGCUGGGCCUCUUUCUACUUUAUCUUGUGUUACGUCAACGGCUCCAGGAGCUAUGAGUGGAACUGCCGCCUCGUCACCCUGGUACACGGCAUCCUGGCUGUCUGCAUCACAGCAUAUAUAGGCUAUGUGGAUGGACCCUGGCCUUUCACCUAUCCAGGUACUAAGAACACCCCUCUGCAGAUAAGUGCCAUGGUGGUGAGCCUGGGCUACUUUAUCUUUGACAUGGCCUGGUGUGUGUACUUCCGCACAGAGGGACCCGUUAUGCUGGCCCACCACACCAUGAGCAUCCUGGGAAUCCUGCUGACCCUGUGGCUGGGGGAGUCUGGCAUCGAGUCGUGUGCGGUUCUCUUCGGCAGUGAAAUCACUAACCCACUCCUGCAGGCACGCUGGUUCCUCAAACAGACGGGACAUUACAGGUCGCUGCUGGGGAACGUGGUGGACGUCCUGUUUGUGCUGCUGUUUGUGGUGAUGCGAAUCUUUGUGGGAGGCACAAUGCUGUACUGUGAGCUGAUCUCCCCGAGACCCAGAUUCUUCAUCAAGUGCGGGGGAGUGGCCAUGUACGCUCUCUCCUGGGUGUUCAUGGUGGACAUUGUUCGAUUCGCCAGAAGAAAAAGCAAGAGUUGGCACAAGCAGCAGAGAGAGCAGCCGGAGAUGGUCGCAGCUAAUGGGCAUGAAGGAAAGGUGGACUGAUUGAACAUUUCUUUAUAGGAAAUCACUUUACAUUUUGUUUUGGAGAUGCAAGGGAAAGGACAAGGAUAAUUUUUUGUAUGUUUGAGUGAGGUUUUUUAAAAAAGGGGGAUAUUUUAAAAUCCUAAUUUUCUAUACUAGGAUAUAUCCUGUGUGAUUUGUCGUCAUUGCUGCUGAACACUUGUUAGAUUUAUUAUGUAAAAGGUAGCCUACUGGUGCAGAAACAACACAGAUGCAGUUUACGUUAUAGAAAACCAAAGCACUUUCUAUAAUCACAUGAGCAGAUGUUGCUUUCAGUUACAGUGAACUGUUGCCUUCUGAUGUGGUCGUGGGAAGUUCACUAUUAAUACAGAAAUAGUUUACAUGUACUAUCCGUGAUCCUUGUGAAAGAUUUUUAAGCACAUAGAAAACAUUAGGAUUGGUUUCAUGGAAACCUGAUGGUUUUUUUGGCAUUUGUAAAACUUGGAGCAGAUAGGAAAGGUGUACUCAGGGAGAUGAAGUCAGACUGGAAAGUGAAUUCCAGAGAAAUGUGUGUUAUGAGCUUGAUUACUUUGUUUAUCAUAAUUUAUAGUUAUUCCUGUAAACUUUGUCUGCUGUCUGAAAUCCUAUUCCAGAGCCUGCUCAAAAUAUUUCCACUUAUUUUACUUAUCUGAUGUACGUGGAUACAUUGAGAGACACCACUCUUUGUUACAUAGCUCUGCACUGGUAAUUUAUUUUGCAGUCCAUUUGGAUCCAUGAAUUGGUGUCAUCAUUUUAAGUUUACACAUUUCAGGUUUCACGCUGAAGGCACCGAAAGCACUGAGAGCCCCUUGUUCCUUUUAUUCAAUAGAGUAUUGUUUCAGUUUCACAGAGAACUUGACAGUUCAGUUGAAGUUAUUGUGAGCUAUCUACACUGAGCUGAUGUUUGUAUUUGAGCCAGCACCUGUGAACAUUAUUGUACGUGGUUCACACAACACUGCCUGCAGCCAUGCAAAAUGUUGGAUUUAUAGAUUUAUUCUUAACACAAGAUAUACACACACACAACCAAGACUGGGCAAUAGUUAUCAUUGGUUGACUGUCAGUAAAACACAUUGAGAUGAUGUAAUUAUAUCAGAUUAUUGUUUUGCUAUUGUCCAAUUUAAUAGUAACCAACAUACUAGCAUACAAACACAUGUGGGAAGAGUUGUAUCCAAGUGAACAUUGGUUUUAGUAUGUUAUGUGUGAUUUGUGUAAAUUGUUUUCUAUAUUGUGAUAUUAAUUAAUUGAAAAAUAUUAAAUUCUAUGUUUUAAAAUUGAGUUACAACAUCGGAUAAAAAACACAGAUGCCUCAUUGUGUUAAGAUGGUAGACUUGUUGACUUGAGAUAAUAUCAUGACUAGGCCCACUCUAAGACUGCAUUUGUUCCAUGCAAAGCACAUUCUGUCAUCUUAGUGCCCAGACUUUACACAUGUUUUCUUAUUAUUGUGACUCUAUCUAUUUGUUAUUUUAGUGCACAUGUUUUUUACAGCUAUUUGCUUAAAACUUGUCAUCCCUUUAUUUUCCAAUUUCUGUUGGAUUGAAAUGUGUUUCUGUCUUAUAAUUACUCUUUACUUGGCUGCUAUUAUUCUACUAGCAACAUUGUAUCCAUGGCAGUAAAACUCUAACUGGUGUGUGCCUUAGUUAUGUGAAUGUAUUUCUCUAUCUGUGAGUGUGAGUGUUUGUGUGGGCGUGCGUGUAACUAUUUUCAGA